AUUUAAAACGCGUCCCAAUGCUGAUACAGAAAAAUUGAAUUUAAUGGCUUUUCAGAAGUAUAUAGAAGCAAAUGUUGACAGCUUAUUUAACUACGCAAAUUUCGUUGAUGUGGGAAUGAAGGCUGAUUUUCGGUUGCUUAAAAGCUAGAACUGAAGAAAGUUCUGCAAUGUUAUAUGAAGAUAUUCAUUUGGAACCAACACUACUUUCAUUAGUUUUUGGUCUUAUUUCUAUUAUAGUGACUGUCGCGGUUUUAUGCUGGAGGAAAUAUGUUAAGAAAAAGAAGCUGGAAUUUAAUUAUGACUUGGAACCUUGUGAACCUGAUAUAGUUCUGAUGCAUAUUCAUCUGUCAGCUAUGAGAAGCUACCAACGACAAGCUGCCGAACAGUGUUUUAUGUUACUCCAAAAGCACCCUGAAGCUGUGAACCAUGCCUUGCCUCCAUUCUAUUAUACACCCUUCUUGCGGGCUUGUAAUGCUGGGUGUUUUGAGCUUGUCAAGUUUAUGCUGACCAUUGGAGCGGAUAUCAGCUGCUGCACAUCUGAGGGUGAUUCACCCAUGUAUCUGGCAGUGUAUGGUUUGUCCAAGAAACGCGGUGUUUGGGAUCCAAGCAUUCUUAACUUGCUGUACAAGCAUGGAUGCACUGUUAAUUGUGUGAAACAACAUGGAUACACUCCACUCCAUGUUGCGGCACGAGCUGGACAUGUCAACCUUACAAGGUGGCUUUUGGUGCAUGGUGCUGACCCUGAAAGCAAAACUGAGAGAGGGCACAGGCCUUUGGAUUUUGCUAAAUUGCAAGGUCAUCGUGAAGUGAUGGCACUACUUACUGUUAACACAGAGGAGCCACAAUGCCAAGACUGGUUCUGCACUCCAACUUGUAAAUGUGAUUGUCAUGUGACAUAGAAGACUGGAUAUGAACACAGAUGCAAAAAGAAAUUUACACAUUAUUUCAAAUAAAUCACAGUAAAGGGAUAAAAGGAAUUUGCUCAGUUUAUUUCGCUAGCGUCAUAUAAAAGAAAAUUAUAUACACUGGUAAUGAGUGAGUUUAUUAAUAAUGUUUAGGAAUUCUUCCAUUCUCAGAAAAUUUGUUGGUGUUUUACAUGGUGUGAUAAAUGUUUUAGCAAUUUAAAAUGUUAAGUAUCUUUUUCUCAUUUAUGUAAAUGCAUUGCUCACUAUUGGUAUUCUAAAUUAAAGAACAAUAAUUUUUGAAAAGUGACAUGAUGAUGAAUCUGCCAUUUAUCAUUUUAAGUCAUACUCUCACAUUUGAGAAAAAUUACACUUUCUUUGACUAAAAAAAAUACAAAAUACAGAAAUUGUGGCAGUAGUAGCCAUAAAAUAGCAUAUAAUCCAAACAUGUAUUUUAGGUUUCAGGUAUUGACCACAGUUGUGAAUAUGUAUAUUUUAACCUAAAAAUAAUUAUUUUACAUUUAUUUUUCUAAAGGGCGAUGUUUCAUGAAGACACAGUGAGCAGGAAUUUCCAUACAAUUUCUGUUGGAAAUCUAUAUCAAAUUAUUUUUAUUAAAAUUGCUGUUAAUGUGAUUUAAGAAUUGUAACAAUUACAAACUGCAAAACUAAGUACAUGAUUGUUAUCCUUCAGCUCUCUGUUUUGUCUCUUCAUGUGAAAAGCAGAGAUCCACAUGCAUCUUAUAGUUAUUAACUGAACUAGUUUAGUGCAUUUCUUAAUUUAAUACUAGGGUACCAAUACACAAAUAAAAAGAGAGGACGAAAACUAUGAGCACUAACUGAAAACUUUGAACAGUAGCAUAAAUACAUAAUAAAAAAGAAAAUUGAAGAAACAUCAGAAGAUAACUCACUCUAAAUUUCAAUUGAAGAUAUUAUGCAAGGUACAGAGCAAGAAUAUAUUGCAUACUUAGAAAUACAGUCAAGGGUGAACCUGCUGAAGGACAUAUCUUGAUCAAGAAAAUAUUCAGUCUGCUGCUCGAAUUUUAAAGUAAAGAAUGGUAGGACAGGAGUGAUAAGUGAAAGAAAAGUCAACAUCUUAAUAUAAAUAAUUUUUGAAUGCUGUGACAGUAUCAUCUGACACUGAAGUCAUGUGUGGAAUGUGAAAUCAAGAAGUAGUAACAUAUCUGAGGUGGUCUAAGAUGGGUGGGAAUUGGGAGAAAGUGGCAGAAAGUGGGAUGAGGGGUUGGGGAGGCGUAACUGGUAGCUCAGAGGAAGGCAGCAGGUGUGUGGGAUAGGAAUGUCACUAAUUGUGAUUACUAUCUGAUGUUGCAGUAGCAUGACAUGGGGAAAACCUGACUCGUGCCCUAAAGAAAUCAUCAAACAAAGGAAACUGCAGGUAGGAAUAUCAAGAAAGUAGGAAAAGAUAGAUGGCUACAUACCAUAAAGAAGACAAGUCAGCUCACAGACAGGCAUGAUUAUAAGACACUCAAAUGUAGCUUUCGGCCACAGCCUUCGCACACAUGACCACCAACUCCAACAUCCCCGGCUACCUAGCAGACCUUUUAACUUGCCACAUCCCCCAUAACUUCCUACCAACCCUCCACCAAAUCGAGAGCCAAAACAUUCCCGUAUCACUGUUGUUAACCUUUUCACCAUAACCCUCAGCUCCAAAGAAGUUUCAGUCCAAUCCAAACACCUCAUCUUUAGCCCUACACCCAGAUUUAACCAAGUUGGACUUGUCAAAGGCCUAUCCUCCUUCUCCUGAUCCCUGCAAAGGAAGCACUUCUUUGUUGCCAAUCCCUUCAAACAAAACCACCCUAAUGCCAACAUUCAAACCUGUCUCUUUCAGUUUGUACCACCAUCCUACUGUGAUCCCCCCCA